AUGUCAUUCAUGGAUUCAAGCUCAACAUCACAAAAAAAUCGAAACAAUCAAAUCAAUUUCGAUUCAUCCGCAAGUAAUUUCAGUGUUAUCAAUGAGCCAGUUUCAUUGUUGGAUGCAAAUCAUGAUCACAGUGCUGGAGACGUGGAUUUUGGCAUUGAUUACAAUAAAUACUGUAAUAAUACAUACCAAUUUCAAUAUGGUGCAAAUGAAUUUGGUUACGAAUGUGAAAAUUCAUACGUAAUGACCACAAUACCAAAUCAAUCAUAUAGUGACCUGCAUCACAGUGACUACAAUUUUAACGUUGAAUCACACGAGCUACAAAAUCCAAGCGUAGACGUUGAACCUGAAGCCAAUGAAGAACCAGCGCCUAAAUAUCGAAAAGAACGUACAGCAUUUACAAAGGAACAAAUCAAGGAACUCGAAGCAGAAUUCGAUCAAUCUAAUUAUUUGACACGACUUCGACGCUAUGAAAUAGCCGUGGCACUCGAAUUGACUGAACGUCAAGUGAAAGUUUGGUUUCAAAAUCGUCGUAUGAAAAAUAAACGAAUCAAUUCACCAUAAUACAAUCAACUUUUUCAUGGAUGAAUUCAAUACUCAUGGGUGUGUUCCACGUUCAGUUUGAGAAAAAAAAGUCAAUCCCUUCAAUUGUGUCAUUCAGUAUAUUUAUUUUAAUGAAUCACGAUCAAUCUGAUUAGUAACUUAAUACAAUUUAGUACAACACAUUGUUGUACAUUUUAUUUUCUUCAUUUCAAAGAUAAAUCUUUUUAUAAAAACUAAAAAUGUUUUUUUACUCUUUAAUAUAAAAGACCUACGAUUUGCUUAAUUAUUUCUUUUUGUUUUUCGAUUGUUUAUUCUUCUUGGGAGCGGAAUUUUGCGGUUUGGCGACAACUUUUUGUGUGGCAUUUUGAGCGGGUUUUGCCUUUUUAUUUGGCUUCGCUUUG